AUCGAUUAUGUUACGCCUUGCAGCUUGCUCUCUCUUCUUUUGGCCACGUGGACGAGGCACUGGUGACAUGUGGCAGCUAUUCUUUGCCACUGUACUUACAGUGCUGUUUCAUUUCGGCCAGUGCGAGAACUAUUCUCUUGUAGUGACUCCGAAUGUAGUUGUGGUUCAGAAGACAAUGGAUUAUGUUUGGCUCACCUGUGGCAAGAAAACAGAAGAAGGCCACGAAGAAAACGUGGAAAGACCAGCGUGUCAUCACUACCUAUGGUGUCAGAUUCAUUGGUAUAAAGAUGAGAGACGAUUGUGCAACAGUGCCAAGUAUAACAUGACAAAGGAGAAAUUGCGUAUUGGAUAUCCUCUAACUGGAGUAGAUAGUGGAGUCUACUCAUGUGCUUGCUGCUUUUGUACUUGCACGGCAAACCUAAGUGCUUCAGCAACAUUAUGGGUUCCUCCUGAUGUAACUGCCAGUCCUAAUCAGUCUCUAACCAUUGGUCACACUGGUGUUCUUUCAUGCAAUUUAUCUGGUAUCAUCACAAAAAUCUUUUGGUAUAAGAAUGGCCGUUACAUCACUAAAUGGAAGACAGGUGCAAGAUGGAAAGGGAAUUAUUUUCCUUAUGGCAAUGGUAGUCUAGCUAUAAGAGAUGUUUCGUUGGAUUCUGAUGGCUAUUAUGAUUGUGUUGCAAUGAAUAAAGCUGGAAAGAAUUCUGCCAGAAUAUAUAUUGAGUUGAAAUGGCCUCAGUCUGUUGCACAGAAAACUAGCAAGUGUCCAAAAGUAUUGGGACCAGCUAGUGAGGAGGCUCAUUUUGAUAGAGAGACCAGAGAACCAAGGGGCCUUGAAAGUAAACUCGUUGUGCAAGAUAUAAUUGCAGAAGAAGUGUAUUGGACUGAGGAAGAAAAACAAAGGAAAAUUCACAGUCCAGUAACCCUCGAAGUCUCUCAUACCUGUGUCAGUUCAGAGAGUGGUGAAAGGUUGUAUCUUGAUUGUCGUGUUGUGGGUUAUCCUGUACCUAUUAUAUAUUGGAGUAAGGCAAUAGCGGAAGAACAUUCUUUGAAACAAAGGAAUCAUGAGGUAACUGACUUAAAGAAGCUAUCUUAG